AAUAGAGCAGAACCAGAAUAACACUGUGCAUGUUAUGGGUGAAUUUUCUUAUUGUUGAGAUCAAGUUAGGUUAAUUUUUUUAUUUUUAUAAUAACAAGAGUGAAUCCCAUCAACAAUGUCUGUAUCUCAGAUGGAAAAGAACUUGUUCAAUUUAAAGUUUGCAGUGAAGGAGUUAGAAAGGAAUUCGAAGAAAUGUGAGAAAGAGGAAAAGGUGGAGAAAAUGAAGAUCAAGAAAGCAAUACAAAAAGGUAACAUGGAAGGUGCUCGCAUUCAUGCGGAGAAUGCAAUUCGACAAAAGAAUCAAGCUUUAAACUACCUGAGAAUGAGUGCUAGGGUGGAUGCAGUUGCUAGCAGAGUACAGACAGCGCUUACGACUCGCAAAGUUACUCAAUCCAUGGCAGGUGUUGUUAAAGCCAUGGAUGCAGCCAUGAAGUCAAUGAAUCUGGAGAAAAUCUCAGGACUCAUGGACAAAUUUGAGAGUCAAUUUGAGGAUUUGGAUGUGCAGAGCUCAUACAUGGAGAAUGCUAUGUCACAAACAACAACUACCAACGUACCUCAAAAUGAUGUGGACAGUUUGAUGCAGCAAGUUGCAGACGAAGCUGGGCUGGAACUUAACAUGGAACUACCAUCUGGUCAACUGAGUAGUAUUGGCACUUCGACAGCAGCAAGCCAGGAGCAGGAUGAACUCACGCAAAGAUUGGCACGACUCAGAGAAUAAUGGCAAGCUGUUUUAGUGUAUCCUGUGAUUCAGGUGUUUGAUGUAAUAUAUAUUUCUAAUAUUAUAAUUAACCUGAUGCCCUGCAAUAACAUAUAUACGUCGUUUAAUUUUAAUUUUAGAAGAUAAGCUGAAUUGAAUAAAUUGACCAAAGUAAAGAAAAAAAAGAUCUUAUAUAAGUUUGCAUCUUUUAGAUGUAUGAAUAUGUUUUAAAGACUACAUCAUCUCUAUUUUGAAGAUGCAAAGCAUUCAGUCCUCAGAUUAAUGAUCUUUGCUACUUAUUUUGCAUUUAAAACAUUUUUCAAUUCUUCAAAUAUUGGUUUCACAAGAAACUGCUUCUAUAAAAAACUGGAACGAAUGAUUAAUUAAUCGAUUAUUCGUCUUUCUUGAGAGAUGCGAUAUUGGAAAAGAUAAAACUCAGUUAACUUCAAAAUCAGCUCGCUUAUUCUUUUAGCAACAUACUUUAAUCGCUAUAACCUUUUCAAAUGCUAUAAAAAAGUCGUAGAUUUAUAUAAAUAUUAAUUAUUUACUUUUAAAAAAAAAGAAAAAAUUAUUUCAGUACUAAAAUAAGACAUCACAUGAUUUAUGAAUCAAAAGAUUAAAUAUUCUCAGCUGAUAAAACAUUAUCUAUACAAUUAAACAAAUUUACUUAUCAUUUUAUAUUGUAACUGACAGCAUUCGGAGUACGAUUCUGAAUUUAGUAUCUAUGUACAUAAGUACUUGUAUAAAUGUCUGUAAUCUCAUCAAUAUAUAUCUAGAUUCUUUUUGUUUUGUAUUAAAAUAUCGAAAUUCCUGUAUUAAGCGUAGAAAUAAAUUCUUUCCAAUUUUCGAUGAAGU